AUGACCAAGACUGUUGAUGAAGCUAAGGUUCUUAUUGAGAAUCUUGCAGCUAGUGAUUGUAACAACUGUCCUGAUUAUGACCGCUCAAGCCGCACCACUACUAGCUCCCCUGAUUCUUUUCAAAUGACUGAACUCAAGAACAUGAUGGCUCAAGUUCUUAAGGGACAGCUCAAGCAUAUCAAUGCAAUAGAAGGGAUGAGUGAUGCUAAUGAAGAUUCAUCAAGAGAAUGCAUGGGAGAUUUCUCUAAUGAAGCCAAUGAAGAAGAUGUGAACUACAUUGGAAACUAUGGGAACAAGGGAUACAAUCCAAGCUAUCGCCCAAAUCCCAACAUGUCUUAUAGAAACCCCAAUGUGGAGAAUCCUCAAGACCAAGUGUAUCCUCCAAGGUAUCCACAACAACAAAGACCUCCUUACCAAUCUCAAGGAAGUCAAUUUCAGCCAAGGCAAGGAUAUGAGCAGAGAUCAUCAUAUCCGCCCAAGGAGCCAUAUGCUUCUUCACCAAAUCAAGCUCCUCCAAACCAACAAGGUGGGAGAUUUGAAGGAAUCCUCCAACAGAUCAUGGAUGGCCAGAAGAGAAACACUAAAGAGAUGUAUGAGAAGAUGGACACUUUGUUCAGCAAUCUCAACACCAAGUAUGAUGCUGUUGCCACUCAUGUGAAGAAACUAGAGACUCAAGUCACUCAAACUAUGGAAGCUGUUAAGAGACAGGAAGCUGAAUCCAAGAAGUCCUUUUGCAACUCAGCCGCCAUAGAAGAAAGAUUUGAAGACCAAGUUCCAGAAUGGAUGCUUUCAAAACCUACUGUUGAUUGCAUGAUUUGGCCUGAAGAGAAUUACCCAGAGAGAGAGUCCAAUCGAGCUAGAAAGAGAAGACUCUUCCCAAAGAUUAUCCCCAAGACAGAUAACUCAGGAAAGUUUGCUGUGCCUUGUAUCAUCAAAGGUAACAUUCUUGAGCAAUCUUUGUGUGACACAGGAGCCAAUGUGAACAUCAUGUCUAAGAGGAUAGCUGACAAGAUAGGCCUCACCAAGAUAGAGCCAUCAUCCAUCUCCAUCAACUAUGCUGAUUCAUUCUCACAAACCCCUAUGGCUUUGUGCCUAAUGUGA